CACCAGCCCAAGGAAUAACAUUAGUUCCAGCUUCACAAUGAGUUGUUUACUGGCCUUGGCUGCCUGUGGGAACAGCCAAGAAGAGCGGAGGAAAAGGAGAGACAAACACAAUGCGAGCGAGAGGCGUUAGGUGGGAGGCUGGGCUUUGAAAGCAGACUCGGGAUUUCAAACCUAUGGAACUGGAGAGGGCUGAAAAAGAAAUAAAAGGGCACCGGCUGCUCCACGGCAUAAACAGGCUGAGGCAAAUGAGCCGUCCGCUGCAUUACUCCUGCUGCCAGAAGAUUCUCUUCCCUAGCUGAAGGGCUGAUAUUACAGGAUGAAAGGAUUCAUGACGGAGAUGUGGUAGCAAGGUGUCAAGCAACCUUCCUGGAAUGUGUUUCUUCAGGAAGAGGACAGAUUGCUGCCUUAUUUUAUGGAUGUCACUGAAGUAGACUUUGAAGUUCUUUGGAAGCACAUCACAAACUUGGCAUGGGAAACCACAGCAACAAUCAUACCUGUUUGACAGAUGAUUCCUUUAAGUACAACUUGUAUGGAGCCGUGUACAGCGUGGUCUUCAUCCUUGGUUUGAUUACUAACUGUGCCUCCCUCUUUGUUUUCUGCUUUCGGAUGAAAAUGCGAAGUGAAACAGCCAUUUUCAUGACAAACCUGGCUGUUUCAGAUUUGCUUUUUGUGUUCACUUUGCCUUUUAAAAUUUUUUAUAACUUCAACAGGCAUUGGCCUUUUGGAGAUAGCCUGUGCAAGAUUUCUGGUACAGCAUUUCUCACUAACAUCUACGGGAGCAUGCUGUUCCUCACCUGCAUCAGUGUUGACCGUUUCCUUGCUAUCGUCUAUCCAUUCCGAUCUCGCACCAUUAGGACCAGGAGAAAUUCUGCCAUCGUCUGUGCUGGUGUUUGGAUACUGGUCCUCAGCGGUGGAAUUUCAGCUUCAUUGUUCUCCACAACCAACAUCUCCAACACCAGCACAACCUGUUUUGAAGGUUUUUCCAAACGUAUCUGGAAAACCUAUCUGUCCAAGAUCACUAUAUUUAUUGAAGUGGUAGGAUUCAUAAUUCCUUUACUACUCAACCUCACAUGCUCAUCUUUAGUUCUCAGGACUCUCCGGAAACCUGCCACCUUGUCUCAGAUUGGGACAAACAAAGAGAAAGUAUUGAAAAUGAUCAUUGUACACGUGGCCAUUUUUGUUGUGUGCUUUGUGCCUUACAAUUCCAUACUCUUCUUGUAUGCUCUUGUGCGAUCCCAAGCGAUAGCAAAUUGCUCCUUGGAGAGGUUUGCAAGGACAAUGUACCCAAUCACAUUGUGCAUUGCAACAAUGAACUGCUGCUUUGACCCAUUCAUCUAUUACUUUACAUCAGAGUCCUUCCAGAAGUCUUUCAACAUAAAAACCCAGAUAAAAAUGGAUUCUCUUUUCAAGACAGAGACACCUCUAACAAAGACUGCGCUACCAGCACCACAGGAUGAAAUAAGUGACCAGGCUAUUACGAAUGGAGGAGACCCAACAUCUGAAUCACAUUUCUAGUGAGAUGUUUACACAUGGAGUUAUUCCCCAUUAACAUUUGAUUAACACCAUGUGUGAAAUAGUUGUUUCAGAAUAUGUGGGUUCACACAUGGUGUUAAUAAAGAAAAGUUGCUGGGGGAUAACUACACAGGUAGACAAAUCCUUAUACUGGGAUGGGCCCAUCAGAUACAACAGGCAAACAUGAAGUAUAAAAAUCCCAAUGGAUCUCCCUUUGGAGAUUAUGGAUGGGUGACAACGUAUGCACCAACUGAGGAGGGAACAGAACAGCUUCUUUAAAAAGAAGAUGCCAACAUUUGGUAUUAUUUUCCCCAGCAGUUGACGUGGGACCAGUUGGGAAAUAGGAAAUUUAAUUUUCUUAGAAAUAUCUGCCAAUAUUUCAUGCCUUCUGGAGAUGCAUCAUCAUAUGUUAACUCAAUAACUUCACACAGUAUGUAUGUUUGCUUAAAAAGGCAUAAUAAAAACUUUUGGCUUUUUCUUAUUUCACUGCAAGGGUAUACAUCUUGGUUUUACUAGAUGCAGGCAUGUUGAAUUUAUUGUAUGGAGAGGUUUGAAGCAUAAAUUAUUGUUUUGAAAAUAGGCAAAACAGUUACUUGGUGACAGAAGAGAAAAUAAGAUAAAAGAAUAAUUAAUAAUGCAGUUUUGAAAUAAGAAGCUUUGUUUUUGUCAGAUUAAGCUGUCUCUUAAGUUAUUCAACAUGCCACCCCUAGGGAGAAGUAAAGAGCUCAUUCCUGCUCUGUUGCCCCUAGGCUGUUAUGUACCAGGAGAUUAUAUGUGACUAUUUCUGGUAAGGGCUAGACUAUAACAUCAGCUGAAAGAAAGGGCCUGAAACCCCAGAGUUCUUGCAAGGCCAAAUCCCUUAUUUGGAAACUGUGUGCAGCAGAAGGGCUGAAGAACCACGGAGAGCUGACCUCAAAGAGCUUGGUUGGAUACAGACAAUUGGUGUCAGAGCACC